AUGCCGAGCCGCGACCUUGGAGACCAGCAAGCGCCUGUCGAGGCAGGCCAAGCCGCCACACCCGCCAACCCUCCCAUGAACCCAGUUGGUCCAGCGCCGGCUGAUGAUGAUCCGUUCAAGCAUCUGCCAGAGCAUGAAAGGCUGAUCCUUAAGAGACAGUUGGAUCUGCCCGCCACCAAGGUUAAUUAUAUGAAUUUGUAUCGUUAUGCGACACGGAAUGACAAGAUCGUCCUGGUCCUUGCCUCGAUUGCCGCAAUUAUCGGUGGUGCUCUUAUGCCCAUGAUGACGAUCCUGUUUGGAGGUCUUGCAGGCACUUUCCGCAGCUUCCUGUUGGGAGACAUCUCGGACAACCAAUUCACCAGCGAGCUUGGUAGAUUCUCUUUGUACUUUCUCUACCUCGCUAUUGGUGAGUUUUUUAUGGUUUACAUGGCCACGGUCGGUUUCGUGUACGCCGGGGAACAUAUCACAGCAAAGAUCAGAGAGCGGUUCUUAGCCGCCAUUCUGAGGCAGAAUGUUGCUUUUUUCGACGAGCUUGGCGCGGGCGAGAUCACCACACGCAUUACGGCAGACACCAAUCUUAUCCAAGAAGGUAUCUCAGAGAAAGUGGGAUUGACCAUAACAGCUAUCGCCACCUUUGUGGCCGCUUUCGUGAUCGGUUUCAUUAGAUACUGGAAGCUGACGCUGAUUCUGUGUUCCACUGUCGUCGCUAUCGUUGUCACAUUGGGCUUCGUGGGCACGUUCGUCUCUAAGCUCAGCAGAAAAUACCUCGGCCAUUUUGCUGAAGGCGGAACUGUUGCGGAAGAGGUCAUCAGCUCGAUCCGAAACGCGGCUGCGUUCAAUACUCAAGAGAAGCUGGCUCGGCGAUACGAUGGGUAUCUCAUUGAAGCAGAGAAGUCCGGAUUCAAGCUCAAGUCUACCACCAGCUCAAUGAUUGGCUUUCUCUUUCUGUACAUCUACCUUAAUUAUGGACUGUCUUUCUGGAUGGGCUCCCGCUUCCUAGUGGAUGGGUCCGUUGGGCUAGCGCAGAUCCUCACGAUUCAAAUGGCCAUCAUGAUGGGUGCCUUUGCCCUCGGGAAUAUUACACCGAAUGUCCAAGCCAUUACCACAGCAGUGGCGGCAGCCAACAAGAUCUACGCCACCAUUGAUCGAGUCUCUCCUCUCGAUCCUCUAUCGACCGAGGGGCAGAAGUUAAAGAAACUUCAGGGAGAUGUGGAACUCAAGAAUAUCAGACAUAUAUACCCUUCCCGCCCCGAAGUUGUUGUGAUGGACGACGUGAGCUUGCUGAUCCCGGCGGGUAAGUCUACUGCGCUUGUUGGGGCUUCAGGCUCUGGGAAAAGCACUAUCAUCGGGCUGGUUGAGCGUUUCUACGAUCCUGUCGGCGGAUCUGUAUACAUUGACGGCCAUGAUAUCAAAGACCUCAAUCUACGCUGGUUGCGACAACAAAUUUCACUGGUUAGCCAAGAGCCUACCUUAUUCGCUACAACUAUAUUUGGCAAUAUUAAGCACGGAUUGAUCGGAACACCGCACGAGCAUGGGUCCGAAAAAGCAAUUACUGAGCUGGUCGAACGCGCUGCUCGAAUGGCAAACGCCCACGACUUUAUCACCUCCCUUCCCGAAGGCUACGAAACCGACAUUGGCGAACGAGGCUUCCUUCUCUCAGGAGGCCAGAAGCAACGCAUUGCCAUUGCCAGGGCCAUGGUUAGCGAUCCUAAAAUCCUCCUACUUGACGAAGCAACAUCCGCACUUGACACAAAGAGCGAGGGAUUUGUACAAGCCGCACUCGACAAAGCUGCCCAGGGAAGAACCACUGUGAUCAUUGCUCACCGACUGUCCACUAUUAAGAAUGCGAACAAUAUUGUGGUUAUGUCCCACGGACGUAUUGUCGAACAGGGUACCCACGAUGAGCUCCUCCAGAAGAAAGCAACUUACUACAACUUGGCUGAGGCUCAGCGAAUCGCGACGAAACAAGAGUCUAGAAACAAAGAUGAUGAUCACAUUUUGCCCGAAAUCAAUUACGAUUUACCGCGAGUCGAAUUCCAUGAGAAGCGCGACAGCUUAGGCAAAUUGGAUCAAGGAAAAGAACCUGAGGACCCUGAGGCGGACAAGACACGAUCGGACAAAUCGCGAACGGCACUUGCGAAGAAGGGACAAAAGGACAUGACCGAUAACUAUACCUUGUUCCAGCUGAUACGUUUUGUUGCUGUUUUGAACAAACAGGAAUGGAAAUAUAUGAUCUUUGGAAUUUUACUCGCCAUCAUUUGCGGCGGAGGUAAUCCAACACAAGCUGUCUUCUUCUCCAAGUGCAUUGCAGCCCUUUCGCUCCCUCUCUCAGAGAGCUCCGAGAUACGGCGACAAGUCAACUUCUGGUCGCUGAUGUAUUUGAUGCUCGCCUUUGUGCAACUGCUCGCCCUCAUUUCUCAGGGUAUUGCGUUCUCUUACUGUGCAGAGCGACUUACCCAUCGAGUUCGCGACCGAGCAUUCCGAUAUAUCCUCCGACAAGACAUUGCCUACUUCGACACACGUUCUGCGGGUGCUCUCACUUCCUUCCUGUCCACUGAGACCUCUCAGCUGGCUGGGCUGUCUGGGAUUACUCUAAUGACCAUUCUCUUGCUGAUCACUACCUUGGUUGCCUCUUGCGCCAUUGGUCUAGCCGUAGGGUGGAAGCUUAGUCUGGUUUGUAUAUCUACCAUUCCCCUUCUGCUCGCUUGUGGAUACCUCCGUUUGGCUAUGCUGGUGCGAAUUGAGAGGGAGAAAAAGAGAGCCUACGAAGAUUCUGCAAGCUAUGCCUGCGAGGCCACUUCAGCAAUCCGAACUGUGGCUUCCUUGACCCGCGAGGAUGACAUUUGCAGUCACUACCACGAACAGCUUCUCUGGCAAGGCCGCAGCCUAGUGUGGUCGGUCCUCAAGUCAUCCAUCCUCUACGCAGCAUCCCAAUCACUUCAGUUCCUCUGCAUGGCUCUCGGCUUUUGGUAUGGAGGUACCUUAUUCGGUAGACACGAAUAUACCCUGUUUCAAUUUUUCCUGUGUUUCAGCACCGUAAUUUUCGGGGCGCAGUCUGCGGGGACUAUCUUCAGCUUCGCACCGGAUAUUGCUAAAGCUAGUCACGCUGCUGCUAGUGUCAAGGCUCUCUUCGACCGGACACCGGAAAUUGAUAGCUGGAGCCAGAAUGGCGAUAAGGUUCAGAGUAUAGAAGGCCAUGUCGAGUUCAGGGACGUACACUUCACGUACCCGACGCGACCAAACCAGCCGGUUCUGCGAGAUCUCAAUCUCCAGGUCAAGCCCGGGCAAGAGAUUCUACGAUCCAGCCCUCGGCGGUAUCUACGUGACGGCAAGGAAAUCUCGUCAUUCAACAUCAACAAUUAUCGCUCCCAUCUCGCACUUGUCAGCCAAGAGCCAACGUUGUACCAAGGUACCAUCCGCGAGAAUAUCAUGCUAGGUACGGACCGAGAUGAUGUUUCGGAAGAGGAAAUGGUGGUAUGCUGCAAGAAUGCAAACAUCUACGAUUUCAUCAUCAGUCUGCCAAGCGGUUUCGAUACUCUUGUUGGUAGUAAGGGCAGUAUGCUUUCAGGUGGCCAGAAGCAACGUCUUGCGAUUGCUAGGGCCUUACUCCGCAACCCCAGAAUUCUUUUGCUGGACGAGGCCACUUCUGCUCUCGAUUCCGAGUCUGAAAAGCUCGUGCAAGCUGCUCUGGAUACUGCGGCUAAAGGCCGCACGACGAUCGCUGUGGCGCAUCGCCUCAGUACGGUACAAAAGGCAGACAUGAUAUAUGUCUUCAAUCAAGGUCGCAUCAUCGAGGGUGGAACUCAUUCUGAGCUGAUGCAGAAGCGGUCGGUAUACUUCGAGCUUGUCAGCUUGCAGAAUUUGGGCGAAUUGUAA